AAUACCUUCGAAAAGCUUAUUACAAAAAGAAUCAAAAAGAAUCACAGUUCUGACAUACUUAGAGGCAAUAGUUUUGAAAUUAGUACUAUGGAGAAACGACAAUGCGUAAUAACUAAAUGUGCUAAAGCACCAGGACAACCUAUAAGAGGCGUAACAGGAUGGUUUUGGAAUAAAGCUCAAGAAAAUUGCACUUUACCAGGUUACUUAAAAAUUGAUGAUGCAGUUUGCCAGCUAUGCUACAAUAAAAUGGUUGUUUGGCUUUCAGAUAGUAUAAAAAAGCAUGCACGGCUCAUAGAUUGUAUAGAUAGUAUUCAGUCUUUAGAUUCAAUAGAGGAGCCAGCACAGAAGUUAAUUCGAGAUGACCAUUACAGCAUUAGAGUUAGAGGUGAUAUUUUUUUCAAAUGCAAUAAAGGUUACAACGGAUAUCUUAUAUCAACAUGA